AUGAGCACGACGACGCAGGCUGCGGCCGCAUCUCUACCAUCGGUACCCUUACCAACGCCAGACGCUACGGCUGUAUCCCUCGAGAACGCGCCUUCGACGUCCGCCGCCCCAGGGACGACCUCUCAUCCGCCCUCCGCAGAGCCAAUAACAGGCCUGACCCCCGACCAAGUGCUCCAAGAGCUGCAGAAGAGUGGCUUUGUCGAUCAGCUGCGGCGUCAGAUGUAUGAUGCAUUCUCUUCUCCGCCCGCUUCUGCUCCUGUCAUAGCGUCUACCAAGAUCGACGGUGCUGCUUCACUCACUCCUGCUCCGGUCUCAGGCGAGGCUCAAGCUGGCCAGUCCAACCCUAACCCAGACCCUGCUGCAUCAGCAUCAAUCCCGAGUGCUACUCCUUUCGCGGUAGCGUCGAAAGACCCUGCGUCCACAAGCGUACCUUCUCUCACAGCGUCCAUCCCACCAGCAUCCCCUCCACAGCUGGACGUCGGUACCCGCUCCGCUCUGCUUCAGUUCCUCGCGUCGCCUCUUCGCGCCCACCUCGAGCGGCAGCAUGGCAAUCUUCGACUCGCAAGCUUUCGCGAUCAGACCACCACGCUCAUGCAGCUGCUCGAGAGCGAGCCUGUCGAUCACCCGCAGCGGGCGGAGCUGGGCGAGGCGAGCGUGUACGAUUUGCUCUUGAGGCAUGUCGUGAUGCCACCUACCGCGGGGGAGGGCGGGACAGCGGGCAUGUUGGAUCGCAACGGGCGGUUUGGUUGCGAGGCGCAGGCACGGAUCAACGAGACAAUUGCCGAACUCAUGCACCCCACUGCCAAGGUCGACGACGAAGAUGAUGAUGAAGACGAAGAAGGGGGAGCACAGCCAGAAUCCACACGCACCAUGGACGAAUAA